AGAGCGGGCAGGCGGCGCGCGGUGGCGGCGCGAUGCGCUGACGUCAUGCGCGGGCGGACAUGCCGCGCCGCGCCGCGCCGCACCGUGCGGCCCCGCUGCUGCUGCUGGUGGCGCUGGCCGCGCUCGCCGGCUGCUCCGCCAACCCCGACGCCAAGCGCCUCUACGACGACCUGCUCAGCAACUACAACAAGCUGGUGCGCCCCGUGCUCAACGUCAGCGACGCGCUCACCGUGCGCAUCAAGCUCAAGCUGAGCCAGCUCAUCGAUGUGAACCUAAAGAAUCAGAUCAUGACGACCAACUUGUGGGUGGAGCAGAGUUGGUAUGACUACAAGCUGUCGUGGGAGCCGCGGGAGUACGGCGGAGUGGAGAUGCUGCACGUGCCCUCCGACCACAUCUGGCGGCCGGACAUAGUCCUCUACAACAAUGCCGACGGUAACUUCGAGGUGACGCUGGCAACGAAGGCAACUUUGAAUUACACGGGACGUGUGGAGUGGCGCCCGCCAGCUAUCUACAAGUCCUCGUGCGAGAUUGACGUGGAAUACUUCCCGUUCGACCAGCAGACGUGCGUCAUGAAAUUUGGUUCGUGGACUUACGACGGCUUCCAGGUGGACCUGAGACACAUCGACGAAGCACGCGGGACCAACGUGGUGGAGCUGGGUGUCGACCUGUCUGAGUUUUACACCUCCGUGGAGUGGGAUAUCCUGGAGGUACCUGCCGUCAGGAACGAGAAGUUCUACACGUGCUGCGACGAGCCCUACUUGGACAUAACGUUCAACAUCACGAUGCGGCGCAAGACGCUGUUCUACACGGUGAACCUGAUCAUCCCGUGCAUGGGCAUCUCCUUCCUCACCGUUCUUGUGUUCUACCUGCCCUCGGACAGCGGGGAAAAGGUGUCUCUGUCCAUCUCCAUCCUGCUGUCGCUCACCGUGUUCUUCUUGCUGCUGGCAGAGAUCAUCCCGCCUACUUCGCUGGUGGUGCCACUGUUGGGCAAGUUUGUGCUCUUCACCAUGAUCCUCGACACGUUCAGUAUAUGCGUGACGGUGGUGGUGUUGAACGUGCACUUCCGGUCGCCGCAGACGCACACGAUGGCGCCGUGGGUGCGGCGCGUGUUCAUCCACGUGCUGCCGCGCCUGCUGGUGAUGCGCCGGCCGCACUACCGCGUCGACCCGCACCGCAGUCGCUUUGCAGGGCUGGUGACGGCGGUGAGCGAGAGCGCGCCCUGGGAGGACGGCUCGCCGCUGGGCGCUGGGCUGGGCCCGGGCCCGCCCGCCGCCGCCUGCUCCGCCUGCCGCUCGUGCCGCCUGCACGACGCGCCGGCGCUCUGUGACGCCCUGCGCCGCUGGCAUCGCUGCCCCGAGUUGAACAAGGCCAUUGAUGGCAUCAACUACAUUGCAGAGCAAACGCGUAAAGAAGAAGAGUCUACUAGAGUGAAAGAGGACUGGAAGUACGUGGCGAUGGUGCUGGACCGGCUGUUCCUGUGGAUCUUCACGCUGGCCGUGGUGGUGGGGUCGGCCGGCAUCAUCCUGCAGGCGCCUACGCUGUACGACGAGCGCGCGCCCAUCGACGUGCGCCUGUCGGAGAUCGCGUACGCCACGGCCAAGCCGCGGCCGCCGCCGCCGCGCUAGCCGCCGCCCGCCAGCCGCCGCCCGCCGGCCGCUGCCCGUCAGCUGAGCUGUGCCAGCGCCUCGUCUUUUGUAUCAUUUAUUUGUUACGGUGAUCCAGAGCACCAUAAAUGUCCGUUUGUAUUUUUUCGGAGUCCUGGGUCACCGCAAAAUGUAAUUUUACGACGUUGUAAAUAAUAUACAUACAUAUUAUAGUUUAUACGACGAAACGACACGAUCGAAAAUAAGUCGAAUUUCUUUUGAUAGAGACGAAAUAAAACGAUUGUUUAUAUUU